UUAUUUGCGCUGACCAAACGAAAAAAAGGCAAAAGGCGGCCGCCAUAUGCGACAGCGAUUGUUAUUGCUGCUGUUGCUGCUGCGGUGGUGACAAAGGCGGCGGUGGUGGUGGUGGAAAGAGCCAGCCAAGUGCUGUAAAGCGUCGCACAACGACGCUCACCUUUCGCGUAUUGUAAAUUGUAUUUGCAAACACACAAACGCAUAGACACACACACAGUCACAUGCAUAGACAGGAACGUGUGUUCCACUUUUGAUAGGCAGCGCCCCUUUUGCUGUCCUGAUUUAACUGCACAUGCAUGUGUGUGUGAAGUGAGCGAGAGAGAGAGGGUCAACUAGUAAAUGGGAAUGUACUAGUGAGUGAUCAGCAGCAGUUAAAACUCGCUCUCUUCUGAGCUCUGUGUGCGUGUGUUAAUUUGCAUAUACAUAUAUAUAAUUCAUAAUCAUAAUCAAACAGAGAGAGAAAGAGAGAAAUGCAACGGAGCUGCAGCAGCAGGCAGCAGCUCUUGACGCUGCCCGCAAAUGCGUCGCACGAAGCAUAGACAGGAAAGGAGCAGGAGCAGGAGCAGUUGGAGCAGAACGGCAGCGUCUGGAUACAAAUGUCGUCGUCGAGCAACGGCGGCAUCAAUAGUGCCACAAAUGGCCGCAGUGGCAGCACUGGCAGCGCCAACAUCAAUCUCAAUCUAAAGCCCAAAACGGGAGCAACAGCAACAACAGCAGCAACUGGAGCAACUGCAACAACAACAACACAUAAAACUCUGCCGGAUUUGAAGACACAGCGCAGCAAUAGCAGCACUGGCAGCGGCAUUGGCAUUGUGGCCAAAACACUUGCCACCCAUCGACGCGACAGUUCGCAUGUGGAGAAAUCCCAGCUGCCCAUCGUUGAGCAGCGUCAGCUCAGCUAUGGUUCGCCGCAGCAGACCAAAAGCAGCAGGGAGCAACAGUCACAGCCAAAGGAUUGGCAACUGGUCUACAGCGAUGGCAAAUUGCAGGCGGGUACUUUGCAAUCGCUGAUCAUGCAUAUGGUGCCCACACACGACUAUUAUCCGGAGCAUGCUUUUCUCUUUGCGUUUCUGCUGAGCGGUCGUUUAUUUAUACGCCCGCACGAGCUGCUCGCCAAAAUCUCCGCCUGCUGGGAGCAGCAACAGUCGGCUAGCGAUGUGGUCGAUGAGGCAGUUGCUCAACCCACAUCAUCGCUGGCGUUGCACUUGAACUCUGCCUCGCCGCUGACACAGCGCAAGGGGGGAGCUGCUUCAGCUGCAGCUGCAGUUGGCUCAGGUGCAGUUGUCGCCAGUUCGGAGCUCGAGCUCGAGCCGAAGCCACAGCAGCGCACAUUGACGCAACGUUCGGCGCAACACUGCAUUCGUUUGCUCUCCGAAUGGAUUGAGAUCUUUCCGUAUGAUUUUCGGGAUGAGCGUCUGAUGCAACAGGUGCGCAUCCUCGCCAGAAAAUGUGUCUACAUCGACAACUCGCUGGGCAAGCAGGUCUCGCGCAUUCUUCAAUUGCUCGUCUCCCGGCUGACAGCUUUAGAGCAAUACGAGGAAUUUCUGCAGACGGUGAACAACAACGAACAAUCAACCAACAACAUCGAACACCAGCCACAAAAUCAACUGCAACAGCAGCUGCAACAUCAGCAUCAGCAACAACAACAUCAUCAUCAUCAUCAUCAUCAUCAUCAUCAUCAUUUGCAUCUCAAUUUGCAUAAUCCGUUUCAGACGUUUCUGGGCAGCAGCUCGUCGUCGUCGUCGCAUGCAACAGCGAGUGGCAACAAUAGCAACAACAGCAACAGCAGUGGUAGCAACAGCAACAGUGCCACAAAUGGUGGCAUUCCAACGAGUGCUGGCUCCGUUUCGGGCAGCUCAACGAGUGGCAGCAACUCGGCUUCGAGCACGCCACAACCGGAUGAGGUUUUCGGCAUAAUGGACAUUUGUGGCAGCUGCGAGCAUUUGGCCCAUCAGCUGACGGCCAUUGAACUGGAGCGUCUCUCGCACAUUGGACCCGAGGAGUUUGUGCAGGCCUUCGCCAAGGAUUAUCAGCAGGCCAAAUGUGCCACUGCCACUGGAGAUGUGGCAACGGGAGGUGCAGGGACUGCUGUCAGCAGCAGCUCAUUGAACGAUAUGAAAAAGACACGCAACUUGGAAUCGUAUGUGCAGUGGUUCAAUCGUCUCAGUUAUUUGACAGCCACCGAAAUUGUUAAGUAUCCGAAGAAGAAGCAGCGUGUGCGUAUUAUUGAAUAUUGGAUUGAGACUGCGCGUGAAUGCUUCAACAUUGGCAACUUUAAUAGUCUGAUGGCCAUAAUAGCUGGUCUAAACCUGGCGCCCAUUGGCAGACUCAAAAAGACGUGGUCUAAAGUGCAAUCGGCAAAAUUCUCAGUGCUGGAACAUCAAAUGGAUCCAACAUCGAAUUUUAACAGUUAUCGCUCGACGCUUAAAGCUGCCAUGUGGCGCUCCGAGGGUGCCACAGAGGAUCGCGAACGCAUAAUCAUUCCAUUUUUUAGUUUAUUUGUUAAGGAUCUAUAUUUUCUAAACGAAGGCUGCUCGAAUCGUUUGCCAAACAAUCAUAUCAAUUUUGAGAAAUGCUCACAGCUCGCCAAACAAGUGAUGGAGUUCAACGAAUGGAAGAAGGUGUCGUGUCCAUUUGAGAAAUUGCCGAAUGUCAUUGCCUAUCUGCAGCACAAUACGGUGCUCAAUGAAAAUACGCUCUCGAUGGCAUCCUUUGAAUGUGAGCCACCCGAGAAUACCGAGGAGAAGGAUCGCUAUAAAACUGUGAAAGCCGAAACGAAGCAACAAUUGCUGCUGCAAUUAAUGGAGCAGCAACAACAACAACAGCAACAACAACAACAUCAGCAAUAGUUGACUCUGCUAUAUUUAGUAUACUAAUAUAUAUUUAUAUUUAAGUUACGCUUAAGCGCUUGCCAUGUUUAUUUUUUGUAACCUAAUUUUUACACACAAGUCGAUUAUAAAUUGUAAGAAGGGGUGAAAAUUGUUUAGGCUAAGUUCCGCGUUUAGUUUAGAGACAGACACAGGCGCAUGCGCUGCUCCAUUUCAAAGCCGGCAAAUUGCUUUUAAAGCAAUCUUUGCGGCAACUUUUCAGCUUUUAACUGUACAACUCAUCACUUAUUAUUACCCCAUUUAUCUAAAUUCCACUUGAUCAUUAAUUCCAUUUUUCCAUUUUAAGACUGGCCUUAUAUUCCCUUUUCAACACACACAUUGCACUAAAUUAUCAUUAACCAACACUGCACAGAGGCGCAUGCGCAAAAGCAAAAAAAAAAAAUCAAGGAACAUUUUCUAUGAAACGCAAAGCAUCUCCAGAAUGUUGCCAGUAAUUAAAUUAAUAAUUAUUUAAUUAGCAUCAAGCAAAACGAUAACAAAACGAAAUGAUUGUAUGUACUUAAAACAUUUUAUUGCCGCAACUUAUCGAUUCUAUUUAUUUGGUUAAAUGUAUGUAAUAUUUGUUAGUAUUACGGAAACGGGAAGGAAGAAAAUAUUUAUACAUAUAUUAUGUCAUAAUUUAUUUUGAACAAUUUGACAAACUUGCGUGUGUGCGCGAUAUUUUGUAAGCGAACAGUAUUUAUAUUGAUAUAUUUACACAAUUUUAUAUAGCUAAAUUAAAUCAUUUUUAAUAUUUAAUAUUGGUUUGAUGACGCUUUUGUCCUUGAAGCUUCGAAUAAUUAUUAGCAAUGCAGCUUCUACUUCAAACACAUUUCUUUCAAUCUAAGAAAUAGAAGAACGACAACAACAACAAAAAUGUACACUGUGGCGGCUACAAUGAUGCUUAUAUCCUUUUUAAGAUCUAAUUUUUAAUCGAGGAAACAAACGAGAAUAUAUAUAUUUAUAUAUAUAUAUAUGUACUUAUCUUUCAAAGCAAAAAUUAAUAACGAUAUGUGUAUUGGUAUCUUUAUGAUAAUAACUGUAAAGGGACUAAGUUGGCAUAACAUCGAGUUAAAAAAAACACUGCUUUUGAAUAAAUCAACUGAUCAACACCAUUCUCAUAAUAUAA